AUGUCCUCACCGGCAGUAAAAGACACAGCACCGAGAAAUAUCUCGGCGGACGAAAUCCAAAUGAACACAACCUCGACGAACAAGAUGACGAAAUCGGAUGCCUGGAUCGAUUUUACCUCGAUGGAGCUCCGACAAUUACAUGCUAGUCAACAAGAAGCAAUGAAGAAAAUUAAUGAGUUUUCCGGUGAAUCUGAUGAAUCGGACAUUGAUGAAUGGCUAUAUGAUUUAACAAAUUUAUUCUCGCUGAUGAAAUUACAAGAUGAAACAAAAGUGCUGAUGGCCAUGGGGAAACUUACGGGAUCAGCUCUACGAUGGUAUCAAGAAAAUCUAACAUUAUUCGACGGUUGGAAAGAAGCCGAAGAUGCAUUACAUAAUCGGUUCCAGACAUCAGCAUCGAUUGGUCAGCUGAUACAAGAAUUUUUCCAACUUCGACAGGAGGAAGAACAAUCGGUAACAUCAUUCUACGACACGGUUAUGCGUAAAUAUCGACAAAUUGGCAAAUCCAUCACCGAAAACCAAAUCAUCACAGUAUUGCAAGCGGGCGUGAAACGUUCACUGAAGGAACAUCUAUUCCGAAAUGAAGUGAACAUGUCGAGACCGGACGAAUGGCUGAUAUGGGCGAGAGAUGAGGAACGGGUGCAGCGACGAAUUCAACAACGCAUUACGCCACCACGAGCAGAAACACGUACACCGUACUUCGAACCAACGUUAUCGACAGCAGCUAUCCAACAGAAACCGUCAGCGAAUCCACCGUCAGAUAAUCACACACGAAGACCAUACCAUCGAUAUCAAAAUCGAACAUAUAUGGGUGGAAAUACGCGAGCAUAUCAAUACGACAGUCGAAAUCAGAAUGAUAAUCAGCAUCAGCGUCAACAAACCAACUCCACACAGGUUGCACGAAAACCCCGACCAUGCCUCGUAUGCAAUCGAACGAACCAUUCAACUAUGGAAUGUUUUCAUAAGAAGAAAGACGGCUGGGGAUCGGAUGAUGGCGACGAUCCUCGUGGAGAACACAAGUCAUCAAUCACAUCGUCACUCACAACAUCAACCACGACAUACAAUCCAAUAUUCGUCAAAGUCCUAUGCAAUAACACUCCACAAGAAGCACUCAUUGAUACAGGAUCCGCCAUCACAAUCAUUCACAAACGUUUACUGAGCAAAAUCCCCUACACACAAUUUACAUCUAAAACAACAAACCAUUUAUCAGCAAGUUGCUCAGCGGUCAAUAUCAUCGGUGAAGUAUUAUUAUCCAUCAACAUCAACGGACUUAUCACCAACAUUAAAGCCGAUGUCGCAACCGAUUUAGUCACGAAUUUAAUACUUGGGAGCGACUGGAUUCAGGCAAACAACGUUUACAUCUUAACACCAGAAAAACGUAUCAUGAUCAAACACCGAACCAGAGAAGUAUCAACGUCAUUUAUAAAACCACCACUCUUGAAUUAUCCAGCAACUCUCGCCAGUUACAUCACUUUAUCUCCUUUUUCAGAGCACAUCAUCGAAGUACAAUUGCAACGAACGAACAUGGACGAUGCGCUAUUCGAACCAAAUCCUCGAUUACAACGGAAAGCAUUAUUUACAGCAUGCGCAUUACUCGGCAUUACCGAGGGAAAAGCAACAAUUAGCAUCAUUAAUGCAACAAAUCGACGACAAACACUUUCGGAAGGUACACGGAUCGGUACGGUGACGCAGAUGGCACAGUCAGUCAAUCUCAUCAUGCCAUCCAGCUCAGCUAAAACCCGCAUUCCUAACGGAAAAGCGUGUAAACAGCUCAUCCCAAAAGGGAAAGUAGCGAAUGAUACGAAUCUACCAGCAUCAACAGUAGAGGAGAACGACACGAAAUGUCGAAAUUGUUCACAACGAUUCGCUACACGCAAUGACUUAUUUCAACAUCUACGCGAACGAUGCUACCCAGACGAAAUACGCCAACAAAUCCAAGAAUUAACCAUACACAUUCCGAAUGACGAACAACGGAACCAAAUAUCGAACAUCCUAUGGAAGUACGGAAACCUGUUUGAUCUUCGGAAACCAUCGAAAAUCAACAUCGUCUUACAAAAUGCAAUCGACACCGGUACACAUAAACCAUUACAUACACCACCUUAUCGAAAAUCUAAUCGAGAUCAAGAAAUGCUACGGGAAGAAACACAAAAAUUAUUGAAGAACGAUAUCAUCGAACAUUCGACAUCUCCAUGGUCGUCACCGGUCAUAUUAGUACAAAAGAAAGAUGGAACCACAAGAUUUUGUGUGGAUUAUCGACGACUCAAUCAAAUAACAACAAAAGAUGCAUUUCCAUUACCAAGAAUGGAUGAUAUCUAUGAUCAAUUGACAAAAGCAACAUACUUCAGCAAAUUUGAUUUCAAAUCGGGUUAUUUUCAAAUACCAUUAGACGAAGCAGACCGACCAAAAACAGCAUUCUCUACACGAGACGGUCAUUUUCAAUUCAAGGUGUUACCACAAGGACUCACAAAUGGACCACCGACAUUUCAACGCAUCGUCAAUCAAAUCCUUGGACCAAAUCGCUGGAAACAUAUGUUAGCUUACAUCGACGAUAUCAUCAUAUAUUCCCGAACAUUUCCUGAACAUGCCAAGCACAUCGAAGAAGUAUGCUCACUGCUGAACGACGCCAACUUCAAACUUAACAUCGCGAAAUGUGAAAUUGCACGAGCCGAAAUCCUAUUCCUGGGACAUAUCGUCAAACAAGGAACAAUUCAACCGGAUCCAGAAAACAUUCGUGGUCUCACAGGUGUUCGNGUGAAUCGGAUGAAUCGGACAUUGAUGAAUGGCUAUAUGAUUUAA